UGUGUGUGUGUGUGUGUGUGUGUAUGUCACUUCAGGUGUGUGUGUGUGUGUGUGUAUGUCACUUCAGGUGUGUGUGUGUGUGUAUGUCACUUCAGGUGUGUGUGUGUGUGUGUGUGUGUGUAUGUCACUUCAGGUGUGUGUGUGUGUGUGUGUAUGUCACUUCAGGUGUGUGUGUGUGUGUGUGUAUGUGUAUGUCACUUCAGGUGUGUGUGUGUGUGUGUGUGUGUGUGUGUAUGUCACUUCAGGUGUGUGUGUGUGUGUGUGUAUGUCACUUCAGGUGUGUGUGUGUGUGUGUAUGUCACUUCAGGUGUUUGUGUGUGUGUGUGUAUGUCACUUCAGGUGUGUGUGUGUGUGUGUGUGUGUGUAUGUCACUUCAGGUGUGUGUGUGUGUGUGUGUGUGUGUGUGUGUGUGUAUGUGUAUGUCACUUCAGGUGUGUGUUUGUGUGUGUGUGUAUGUCACUUCAGGUGUGUGUGUGUGUGUGUGUGUGUGUGUGUGUGUGUAUGUCACUUCAGGUGUGUGUGUGUGUGUGUGUGUGUGUAUGUCACUUCAGGUGUGUGUGUGUGUGUGUGUAUGUGUAUGUCACUUCAGGUGUGUGUAUGUGUGUGUCACUUCAGGUGUGUGUGUGUGUGUGUGUGUGUGUGUAUGUCACUUCAGGUGUGUGUGUGUGUGUGUGUGUGUGUAUGUGUAUGUCACUUCAGGUGUGUGUGUGUGUGUGUGUGUGUGUGUGUAUGUCACUUCAGGUGUGUGUGUGUGUGUAUGUGUAUGUGUAUGUGAAUGUCACUUCAGGUGUGUGUGUGUGUGUGUGUUUGUGUGUGUGUGUGUGUGUAUGUGUAUGUCACUUCAGGUGUGUGUGUGUGUGUGUGUUAGUGUCACUGUCACUUCAGGUGUGUGUGUGUGUGUGUGUGUCACUUCAGGUGUGUGUGUGGGGGGGGGGUGUUUGUGUGUGUUGCUCCAGGUGUGUUUGUGUGUGUUACUCCAGGUGUGUGUAUGUGUUUGUGUGUGUAUGUGUGUGUCGCUUCAGGUGUGUGUGUGUGUGUAUGUUUGUGUCACUUCAGGUGUGUGUGUGUGUGUAUGUCACUUCAGGUGUGUAUAGGUGUGUGUGUGUCACUUCAGGUGUGUAUGUGUGUGUGUGUGUGUGUGUGUAAGUGUAUGUCACUUCAGGUGUGUGUAGGUGUGUGUGUGUGUGUGUCACUUCAGGUGUAUGUGUGUGUGUGUGUCACUUCAGGUGUGUAUAGGUGUGUGUGUGUCACUUCAGGUGUGUAUGUGUGUGUGUGUGUGUGUGUAAGUGUAUGUCACUUCAGGUGUGUGUAGGUGUGUGUGUGUGUGUGUGUCACUUCAGGUGUAUGUGUGUGUGUGUGUCACUUCAGGUGUGUGUGUGGGGGGGGGGUGUUUGUGUGUGUUGCUCCAGGUGUGUUUGUGUGUGUUACUCCAGGUGUGUAUGUGUUUGUGUGUGUAUGUGUGUGUCGCUUCAGGUGUGUGUGUGUGUUUGUGUCACUUCAGGUGUGUGUGUUUGUGUGUAUGUCACUUCAGGUGUGUGUGUGUGUGUGUGUGUGUGUGUGUGUGUGUUUUUGGUGUGUAUGUCACUUCAAGUGUGUGUGUUUGUGUGCGCUUUGGAUAAAAGCAUCUGCCAAAUGACUAAAUGUAUGUGUGUGUGUCUAUGUGUGUGGGGGGGAUGUAUGUGUGUGUUACUCCAGGUGUGUGUGUUUGUUUGUGUAUGUGUUUGUAUGUGUAUGUCACUCCAGGUGUGUGUGCGUGUAUUUGUGUGUCACUCCAGGUUUGUGUGUAUUUAUUGUGUUUGUGUUUUCGUAGCUCUCUCCAUAUGAUAAUCUGCUGCUGUGUCAACCUGUAUCAUCUCCACUGCCAC